UGCAAUCGCGAACACAAACACAGCUUUGCAGGCAGCAAUGGGGGACGAUUUAGGAGACGAGUGGUGGACUAAAGACGAAAAUUCUGAAAAUUCAGGUGUGUCAGAUGUCGAGGGGGACAUACAGGACACACAGGCAACAGUAGAGGAGCCCACAGAGCAAAAAGCGAAGAAAAGAAAAAUUAAAUCACAGAAACCAGACAAAGCAAAGAAAAAAAAGACCAUACAGAAAGAAUGUUUCAUUACUAACGAAGAGACAAAAGGAGAGGAAGAGACAGAUGCCAAGAAGCCUAAAAAGAGACGAAAGAAGAAGACUAUCACAGAUGUGUUGUCAAGUUCAGAGCCUGUGGCAGGCUCUCCAGGUGACCUGAGAGGCCUUCUGCAGAAGCAUUUUGGUGCAACACGGUCUGUUAUUGAACAAGAGGAGCUCAGUCUGCCGGAGUCAUGUUUCCUGACGAGUAAUGACCUUACACACAGCUUGUCGUCCUACCUCAAAGAAGUUUGUCCUAAGUGGGCUAAAGUACAGAAGCAGCACACGCAGACAUGCUCUGUCUUACUGCUCAUCAUCUGUAGCUCCGCUGUUCGAACUAUUGAUCUCAUCAAGCAGCUGACUACAUUUAAGGGAGACGCUAAAGUGGUAAAGCUCUUUGCCAAGCACAUCAAAAUAGAGGAUCAGAUCAAGCUCCUGAGUAAAGGUGUGGUUCACAUCGGCAUAGGCACUCCAGGCAGAGUGGCUGCCCUAAUAGAGAAAGAGGGCAUAAACCUGCAAGCCCUGCAUUGUCUUGUGCUGGACUGGAAUUACAGAGACCAGAAACAGAGGAGAAUGAUUGACAUACCAGAGGUGAAGAAGGAUUUUCUCAAACUGAUGGAGAGUGGAGUCAUUAAGAAGUGCCUAGGAGGAGCUGUUAAAAUAGGACUGUUCUGAAGGUGCACUGUUAUUCCUGUCUGCUUCUCAAUACCACCAAUACAUCUGCGAUUUUUUAAUUAUUAUUAUUAUUUGCUAAAAGCUUUGUUGUGUAUUGUUGUAUAUUUUUAGUUCUGAGCAAAAACCCAGCUGUGUGUGUUCCAAGCAAACACACACUCCACUGUUGUUUGACACCUAAAAAUAAACACAUGCCAUUGGACAAAGAA